AUGAUGCCGAACAGCGCCGCUACCGCCACCUCCGCGGAGGAGUACCUGUCCUGCUGGCGCGGCCCGCUCGAGCAACGCCUUCGCACGGCGGUCGGCAAGGCGCUGGCCGAGCAGCCAAAGGACCCGUGCGCUGCCGUCGCGCUCGAGCUCUUGCGUGGGACCAGCCUCGAGGAGAGAGCGGCCGCUAUCUCCGCCGCGCAAGCAGAGCAGGAGGACGGUCCUCAGGACGACUUUGCAGGAGAUGCUCAAGUGGGCUGCACCGCCUCCAAGAACAACGAGACGGAGCUGCGCAAGCUCAGGGACGAGAACAAGCUGCUCAAGGAGGAGAUCCAGUCGCUCAAUAACCAGUCGCUCAAGGAGAAAAACCAGUCGCUUAAGCAGGACGAGAAGCCGUCGCUCAAGGACCAGCUCAGCAACGUCGAGGCGGAGCACGCCGAGGAGUGGGGCGUCGCCGGCUGGGUGGACUCCCUCGCCCUCGCCAAGGUGGUGGCCGAGGCGCUAAAAGAGCCGCCCGGAACCACAGACCCGUUCAAGUACGUGCUCAGCCUCUCGCUCGCCGACCUCAAGGAGAAGCUCGAGGCGGUAAAGCUGAGUGAGGCGAUCGCCGAGACCCUCUGGUCCGCCAUUGAGAAACUGCAUGGCCAGAGCGCCGCGACCGGGGCGGCGCUGAACGCCAAGUUCGCCGCGGAGGGCGACGCGUUCAAGGGUGAGAUGGGCUUUGGCGGCGUCGAGCAGUUCUACGGAGGCGUGCUGCACGACAGCCUCGAGAAGCUCAUCGGGCCGCCGCUGAUGGUGGAGGGCUCGCUCUUCAAGGCCAUGCAGACGGAGCACUGCGCAGAGAAAGAUGCGGAAGUGCCGUUCGACACCUCCAACGGCAUCGAGGGCGCAACCUCCAAGCUCGAGUGGGAGUUCGUCGUCGCGCCCGUGGUCGAGGACCAGGACAGCCCCUACGCAGAGCGCGGCGGCGACUUCCGCACGGCUCACCGCGAGUGGUGCCGCAAGCCGGAGCCGCUCUCUGUCUUCGAGAAGAAGAUGGCGGACGCGGUGAACCCGAGGCUCGUUGAGGCGGGGCAGGCGCCGCUCAUCAAGGAGGAGCUCGUUGCCGGCCGGCUGUACACGGGGCCGAUGUACGAGAAGUACAACGGCGUCCUCCGCUUCUCCUCAGCGCGCGGUGCCGACGGCGCUGUGCUGCUGGAGUACGCCUCGAUGGAGGAGGUGCCCUUUCUGCAGAAGAAGUGCGGCACGCUUCACCUCGGCGAGUGGGCUGCGACGGCGGCGGGCACAGGCGAGCCCUCGGGCGCGGUGCGCUGGACGUGGCACAACCAGUACUCGACCACCAUCCACGCGAUCAACUCGAUCAUCGUCAAGCUGUCGCCGCUGACCAAGAUCACGCCGCUCUACCGCGGCUGGAUGGGCGCCACGCUCCCGGAAGCCUUCUUCAAGCCGGACGCGCUCGGCUUCCGCGGCGGCGUCGAGUACGGCUUCUCGUCGACCACCACCGACCGCGCGCAGGCGGUGCACUACGCGGCGGGCAAGGCGUCGACAGUGCUCGAGCUCGUGAUGGGCAUGACCGACCGCGGCGCCGACAUCACGUGGCUCUCGCAGUACCCGCACGAAAAGGAGACGCUGCUGCCGCCGCUCAUGGGCCUGCAGGUGCGUUCGACGGGAGUGGAGGGCAGCACGCUCGUCGUCCAGAGCAGCAUCUCCAUCAACAUGGCCUCGCUCACGCUCGAGCAGGUGGCGGGCAAGCGCAAGAAGCUGCUCACCGACAUGGGCGCGCAGAUGGCGGCCGAGGUGCGCCGCGGGGUGGCGGGGGAGGCAGCGGAGGAGGCGGCGCAACUAGUGCGCGCCCACCUCGGCCUCGAGCGAUGCGCGGACGCCGGAGGCGCGGCGGACAAGCGGCUCGAGGCGCCGCUCGGUGACGAGGCUGAGGCGUACAACUCUGACCCGCGCUUCCAAGCGGCGGUGGGCGACGCGCUCAAGGUGAAGCGCGCGGCGGUGCUCGCGGCGACGAUGCAGCACGGCGGCGGCGGCGGGCUUGCCGCGGCGAUGGAUACGGUAUUGCCGCUGCAGGCCAGUGGUGUCGAUUUGACGGGGUACGACCUUGGCGACGGUGGCGUGAUGGUGGGAACAGUGGUCGCGUGGAUGGAGUCCGAGCCGGCGGCGCUGACGUCGCUGAAGCUUGACUGGGGCAAGGCGUGCGGCCGCGUGCGGGAGGCGGUGCUCGGCGUGGUGCGGACGACGCGCACGCUCGUUGCGCUGAGCGUGGGCGAGGGGGGGGCGAUGCCGCUCAACCCGCUGCAGCUCAACGCUCGCGAGGCGGUGACGUCGCUCGACUUGUCGGGCAAGAGCCUCGGAUCCGGAUCGGCUGCCGUCGUCGCGGCGGGUCUCUCGGUCAAUGGGGUCUUGACCAGCCUAAACCUCCAGCACAACUCCAUCGAGGACGAGGGCGCAGCCGCGAUCGCCGAGGCGCUGCGCGGCAACGGGGUGCUAAAAGACCUCAACCUCUGGAACAACGGCAUCGGCGACGAGGGUGCCAAGGCGCUAGCAUCCGCUCUUCGCGUCAACGCGGUGUUGACCGACCUCAACCUCUCCUUCAACGGCAUCCGUGACGAGGGCGCCGCCGCCCUCGGCAAGGCGCUCGAAGUCAACGGGGCGCUGAACGAGCUCAAUCUCCGCAACAACAGGAUUGGCCCCGAGGGCGCCAAGUCGCUCGGCGGCGCCCUCGCGGUCAACGGGGUGCUGACCAACCUCGUGCUCGUGAACAACAACAUCGGCGACGAGGGCGCCGCUGCGCUGGCCUCCGCUCUUCGCGUCAACGGGGUGCUGACCACCCUCAAGAUCGGCUGCAACCAGAUUGGCGAGGAGGGCGCGAAGGCGAUCGGUGGCGCUCUCGCGGUCAAUGGGGUGCUGACCACCCUCAACCUCGCCCUCAACCAGAUCCGCGAGCAGGGCGCCGCUGCGAUCGCGGAAGCGCUGCGCGGCAACGGGGUGCUGACGAGCAUCGACCUCCGCGACAACAAUUUGAGCGAUGAGGGGAAUAAAGCGAUUCAGGGUGCGGUGAGCGGGCGGGUAGGGUUCGAGCUCGAGAUUUGA